AUAAAUGCAUAUCGCCAUGUCAAGAUCACCUAUCUGCAGAGCUGUGUCUUUCUACUUGAUUACUAACUUGGUGUUCGUUUUCUGCCUAGUUAAUGGCACCACCUGCGCCCAUUUUCAAGGUUCAGAGGUGUGAACCGGAACUAAUCACACCUUCAAAGCCUACCCCUCACGAGUUCAAGCCAUUAUCGGACAUUGAUGAUCAAGAAGGUCUUCGAUUCCAUAUCCCAGUCAUACAAAUUUAUCGUCAUGACCCCUCAGUGGAAGGGAAAGACCCUGUUCAGGUUAUUAGAAAUGCUAUUGCUAAAGCUCUUGUUUUUUACUAUCCAUUCGCUGGCAGGAUUAGAGAAGGGCCUAACCGUAAGCUCAUUAUGGAUUGCAAUGGUGAAGGUGUUUUAUUUAUUGAAGCUGAUGCCAAUGUCAGUCUUGAUCAGUCCGGCGAUGCUCUUCAACCUCCAUGUCCUUUCUUGGAUGAGCUCCUUUUUGAUGUGCCUGGCUCUAGUCGGAUACUAAAUUGCCCUGUCAUACUGAUUCAGGUCACACGCUUUAAAUGUGGCGGUUUCACAUUUGCUAUCCGUCUCAAUCAUACCAUGAGUGAUGCUUUUGGUCUAGCUCAGUUCUUGUCAGCCAUAGCCGAGAUGGCGCGUGGAAGACAAUCCCCUUCUAUUUUCCCAGUAUGGGAAAGACAUGUACUUGAUGCAAGAAACCCACCCCACGUGACCUGCAUCCACCGAGAAUAUGAUCACAUAGAAAAUGACCAAGGAAUUCCAUUUUCACUGGAUGACAUAGUUCAUAGAGCCAUUUUUAUUAGCCCUUCUGUGAUAUCUACUCUUCGCAGUAGAUAUAUUCCUCCUCAUCUUCCUCGUUGCACUGAUGUUGAAAUAUUAACUGCAUGUUUAUGGAAAUGUCGCACUAUUGCGCUUCAGCCAGACGCCGGACAAGAAAUGCGAUUGAUGUUAAUUAACAAUGCGCGCAAGCUUAAUCCUCCUCUAUUACCAGAAGGGUAUUACGGUAACGGAUUUAUCCUGUCAACGGCGGUUGCGACUGCCGAAGAAAUUUCUAAGAAUCCAAUAGGUUAUGGACUGGAAUUGAUAAGAAAGGCUAAAAUGGAAUUCGAUAGAGAGUGUAUAAAAUCGGUGGCAGAUCUACUGGUGAUUAAAGGUAGGCCUCAUUUUGCUGUAGACGGUACCUACAUGGUGUCGGAUGUGAGAUAUGCAGGGUUUAAAGAAGUGGAUUUUGGAUGGGGCAAUGCAAUCUAUGGCGGGCCUGCAAAAGCCAUCCCUAUAUAUGCAAGCUUUUACGUACCGUUUGAACGUAAGAAAGGUGAAAAUGGAAUUGUAAUUCCAAUUUGUUUGCCAGCCCAAGCAAUGGAAAGAUUUGUGAAGGAGCUGAAGAAUUUGUUGGACGAUAACACAGUUAUUGACGUCAAUAGAUCCUCCCGUAUUAUAUCUGCUUUGUAGGUUAGGUGGUGGUGUUGUUAUUUGAAAUGGCCGUUUAGGCAAAUAAUUUCCAUAAUGGACUUUAUGAAGAAUAAAUGUAUUUACUUUAAGUUAAAUUGGUAUAGAUUUUAUAUUUGUAUAUCAUAGAAAAGUAAUUACAGCUAAGUAAUUGCUAUUACUUUACAUUUGUAUAUAAAUACUUUACAGUACAUUAAUGAAGUGCAAUCUGGAAAUUCUUCAA